ACUUGAUAUGCUGAUUAUUUUCACAUAUAUUGUAUGAAAUUAUUCAAGUAUUACUUGAUGAAAUUCGUCAAGUAUUUUUCCCAUGAUGAGUUUAGAUUAGGUCAUGAUUACUAUUGAUUGAACUUGGAAAAGCCAUAAUGAAUAAAGUACCAAUUUCUGAUUAGUGUUCUGGGUUAUAUUCUUGAGAUUGACAGCAUGCUCUAGAAUAUAGAAGAGAUUAUAGUUGUCAUGUAGAGUCACUACGGGUUGUACAAAAUGAAUUUGUUAAUUUUACUAUAUGUUAAAAUCUGUAAUUAAGAUCAUAAUAGAAAUGUUACUAGAUCCCAGAGCUUGCAAUCUAUCGGUAAUAGAAAUCUUGCAAGUAAUAUGUCACCUUCAAAUCGACACUGAAUGCAUAAUUCGGAACCUAAUAAUUUAUGCACACUGUUGAGAUGUUGUUGCAGUUUUCUACAGAUAUUAUUAAAUGAAAGCCAUACUACUUUCAACAACUAUGACAAAAAAUUAUGUUUAAAUUUUCAAUUGCAAAUUUAAUUAAGAGAUAAUCCGUAAGCAGAAUAGUUUAUAAUGACAUAUAUUGAUCUUGUAAUUUGCUUAACUAACAUCUUGAUUUGGAUGAUCGAUGUAAUAGAUAUGCUAUUACCAUCGGCGGGCCACCACAGUGGCAAGGUGUGGCAGUUGCCACACCUAAAAUGUUUCUUUAGUUGUAAUUUUUGAAGAACCUUUUAUUGCAUCACAACAAAUCUCAUAGUCAUUUUCAGAAUGAUGAACUUUAUAAUAUGAUCUAUAAUGCUUAUUCACAUAACUGAGAAAGAGAAUAGAACAAGAGAAUGUUCUUUUUUUUAAUACCUGUAAUGAACGAAUUGUUUAGGAUUUUAUUAACGAUACCUGUAAACAUUUGUGGAUGCGAAAGAAACUAUUCGACAUUGAGAAGAAUCAAAACUUAUCUUCGAACAACAACAACAACAACAGAAGAAGAUCGUUUAUCAGCACUUGCAUUGCUAAAAAUUGAACGUGAAUUUGAAAUUGACUAUGAUGAAAUUGUAAAAGAAUUCAUAGCAGUGAACAACAACCGAAGAGUAGUAUUUUAA